CAACACGUAAUCAUCCACUCUCACGGCUGCCACUUUGCGGCUGCCCAUGACUCCGACACGAGGACCUCUCACGCAUUGCAAACCAGAGCAUGCCACAAGGCCUCGCGAGCGGCAAUCAUCACAUUCAGCCAGAUUGCAACCAUACUCGUCCCAGACUGAGAAAGAUAAUCUUGCCUUAUUUCUCCAUCAUGCCCUCUCAAGCCCGGUCACCCUUGAGCUUUCAAUUUCGAAUCUUACCAAGAACCCUGGCGUCCUGCCGAGCUGUGACAAACCCCUUCCUUCCCAAGCACAACCCUCAAGACCACCACAACAGGGAGAACUGGAACACCAGCUUUUCGGUCCAAGGCCCAGCCACCAGAGAGGCCAGAGCCACUGAACCAGAGACGCCCGGACCCAGGAUUGUGCACCAUCUAACUAUUCUUAGCACCCCUGCUCGUCAGAAGGAUUCGAAAUUGGUAUGUACUGUGUACAACGGAUUUUGGUGUGAUAGAUUACACUGGCGUUCGGCAUGCACUUCACUCACGUUGUUGCUGCUCUUCACAGUGGCCCAAUCACCAUUGACAUCGCUGGCGAUGACAAACAUGAACAUGGGCGAAGUAGUGUACUGCGACUGCGUACCUAGGUCAAACGAUUUGCCACGCCGCGAGAUGCGGCCUGUGAAGGGUCUGUCCCACUCUGUCCUCCCUCAUUAGCGGAGGCCUUUUGCGACACAGAUCGUAGGCACACAUUAUCUUAUCCUUGGGUUACGUGUAGUGCACGCAUUUCGUACUUGGCAUGAAUUAGCCUGAUAGAUGCCUAUUGACGUCAACACCAGUCAAUCCUCUCCUCUGGUAGCUAAUGGUGGAAGAGGUCCGACAUGAUGAUUCCCCCGGAGCCUUUGUCGUUUCGGCCUAGAUGAGCAGGAGCUUGGGGUUGCUUUCAAGACACGCAAAGCGGGAUGGCAUGUAGAACCUUGCUAAAACGCCCAGGACGGUAAUACGUCGGAAAGAAUACGUGUCCAUCAUGACUCGCCUCUCCCGUCAACAUAUCUACCCUGUUCAAGCAUACGCAGUAGACUACC